AUGUCCGACACCGAGGUCGACUACCUGCAGCCCGACUUUGAGCCCUCCUCGGUCACCAUCCCGCGCCUGCGCUCCAUCCUCGUCAGCCAGAAUGUCCCCUACCCCGCCACCGCGAAGAAGGCCCAGCUCGUCGAGAUAUUCAAUGACACCGUCGCCCCACGCGCCAGGAAGCUGCUGGCCCAGCGCCAGAAGGCCAAGAGGUCCAGCAUGGGCAUCACCAACAUAGACGGCUCGCAGGGCUACUCUGUUGCGAACCAGGACAUGCCUCCGCCCCAGAGCGCCCGUCGGAGGGCCGCUUCUCCCCGAAAGGCCACCAGGAGCUUCAACCAGUCCUCCGAGGAGCCCGACCAUGUCCCUGCCCAGCCUUCUUUGAGCCCGCGAAAACGCCAGGCGCGGUCAACCAGCAGGCAGCUGGCCCAGUCAGACACCGACACCGACAGCCACUACGAGGGCAGGCGCUCCACGCGCAAGACCUCCCGACAGCCGGAGCUGACGCCACAGCCAGAGGUCAAGAGGGAGUAUUCUGACGACGACACGACCGUCUAUGAGAGACAGUCUGCCGAGCCAGGAAACGUCUUCACCAGCGACAACCCCUUCCAGAGCGGUAGCUCUCCCGCCCCCAUGGCCACGCCGUCAAACCGAAGGAGGACCGCCGGCCUGGACUCUACUGCGAAGAAGCCAGCCCCAUCCUCCAGCAGGAGACGGACAGAGGGUCCCCGGGAAGAGAUGAUGCCCGAGCCCGUGGCUUACUCGAACUCGGUUGCCGCCCCCGUGAGGGCCAUCUCGCGCCCAAAGACACCCGUGACGCCUCAGCCUGUGUUCGAGGAGGUCGAGGCUGGCGAGGAGUUCACACCCGACGAGCAACUCGAACUCGCGUCGGAGGAUGCCAUCAGGGCGCGGAAUGCCAUUGUGCCUGCUCCCCGGCCCAAGAGAUCAACCAGUCUCACAACCCCCUUCUGGCUUCUAUUCAGCGUCAUGGUCGUGGCCUAUGGGGCCUGGUACCGGCAGGAGAAGAUCGCCGUUGGCUACUGUGGAGCUGGCAGACCUGCGCGCGAGGUCAUCCCUAGGCAGCUGGAGUACAAUGACUUCAAGUUCGACGUGCCGGAAUGGACGUUCCAGUUUGCCGAGCCCGAAUGCGAGCCUUGUCCGCCUCAUGCCUACUGCUACGCCGACAACUCGGUGCGAUGCGAUGAGGGCUUCAUCCUGAAGCCUCACCCCUUAUCUGUCAACGGUCUCAUUCCACUCCCACCUACUUGUGAGGCCGACAGCGAGAAGCUCCGUCGUGUCAAGGCUGUUGCGGACAAGGCUGUGGAGGAACUCCGAGAACGCAAGGCCAAGUUUGAGUGCGGCGAACUCGUCGACGAGAAAGGCCAGCAGCCCGAGAACCCCAUGGUCGCAGCUGAGGAGCUGAAGGAGACGGUCAGCGAGAAGCGGAGCAAGAAGCUCAGCAAGAAGGAAUUCGACGACUUGUGGGCUGCCGCGCUUGGAGAGAUCGAGCAAAGGGAGGAGAUCGUCGUGGAGAAGAAGGAGGAAGAGCCAGCAGCACCAACUUCUUCCAGUUCCGGAGCCGUUUCAAACACCUACCUGGCGUCCACCUCUCUCGCUCGCCUUCCGCUCGGGUGCGCAGCCCGCCGCUCCGUCCGCCUCGGACUGGAACGACAUCGAGGAAGCAUUGUUUCAGUAGUGUCCUGCAUCCUGUUGGCGAUCUGGGCCCGUUCCAAGUGGACAACGAGCCGCCGUAUCAAGGCCAUGGUCCCUUCUCUGGUCGACUUGGUACUGGACAGGCUGUCCGAACAGAAGGAGUUGGCGUAUGGCGACGAAGACGGCGAGAAUGACACGUUCCUGUUCCUUUCGAACAUGCGAGAUGAUGCUUUGCGAUCCUUGCACUCAGUCUCACAGCGCGAGCGGAUCUGGAAGCAAGUCAAGGCGGUGAUCGAGCAGAACUCCAAUGUGCGAACCGGCCAGCGGGAGAGCGUCAACGGGGAGUUCGGCCUCGCGUGGGAGUGGAUCGGUCCCGCGGCGGCUGUCGAGGCCGGUGGCCGGAAGAAGAGGAUCGGACGGAGGUCCCAGAGCCCUUUGGAUACAAUUCAAGGAGAUGGGACCCCAUUUGUCGAUAGAUCUGCUGUCCAUAACAAAUGGGACGAGCCGGGCUCGAGACCGAUAUAUUGA